AUGGAUGCUAUUGAGCUUCUAUCGCUCCCCUGGACACUCCAGGAUGUAUCCGCCCGUCUUCUCACAGGGGACCUAGUCGUACAUGACAUUGACCGCUGGUGUCACCAACAAGCUGAGAAGGACGGCAUCAAGCCAGUCAUGGCUGUUGUGUUCUUCAACACAGGUGCUGACGCCGUUGACUAUGUCAAGAUCAAGGCUCACAUUGCUGCACGUGCUGGCGUCAGCUAUUGGGUAUACGAAAUGCCCGUCGACGCGUCUACGAAACAAGUCAAAAGCCAAGUCGAGAAGCUGAACAAGAACACUCGAAUCCACGGCAUCCUUAUACAGCGCCCGCUGCCUCCCCAGCUAAAUGAACAAGAAGUCAUGGCAUCUAUCAACCCUGUCAAGAAUAUUGAGGAGUACACUCAAGGAAGGCCUGAUAACAUUGCUGCGGACGCCUUGGUCCGUUUGUUGGCAAAGUACGGACUGCUACAGUCGGCACAGCAGGCCAGAAUUCGGAUCGUCGGUUCCGGGAACAUCAUUACGAAAGGGUUCAUCAAGCAGAUGAAGCGUCAAUUCCCUUUUGUGAGCUGGUCUCAAGACUUUGAUCCAUCUUCUGAUGCUAGUAACGACAAACAUGAAGCUCUUGACGAGGACAUCAAUGCGCCACGCGCUUCUAUGAUCAUCUCAGAACUUCAUCGCGGACCCGGUUUCAUCAAAACAUCCAUGGUCAAGCCUGAAGUCAGUGUCUUGGUUGAUCUUGGCUUCUACGUUACAGAAAAAGGCGUCAUUGGCGAUUUAAGCCACUCUCUUUUUGACAGAAGCGAUCUAGCAAUUGCACCAACACCGGGAGGAGUCCUUCCCAUCUUAUUAUGGAUUAUGAUGGAGCGGACAAUUAAGGCCAAGCAAAUGAUGGCAAAGGGAGAGCGGCAAGGGUGCUUCUGCUUAACCAUGUAA